CUCUUCGUGGGAGUAAGUGUGUAAGUAAAGAAGGAAAGAGGGAAAGAGAGAGAAGGGAGAGAGAGAGCGUGAUUCCAAGUCUCUCUCUGCUGCUCUCUCCACUUUGGGUACUCGUACCCAGUCUGACUCAAUGGGGCUUUAGCACUAAGGGGUUAAACGUUAAAAUAAAAUAUAUUUAUUUACCCCAAACCCCCUUUAGUGUUUAGGUUUUGUGCAUUACGAUAGACAGACAUAGGUAACUCAUUACGGAGAGUCCGGGAGAGAGGUAGAGACGUCUCCAGAGGCGUGCCUUUUUGUCUGUUGCCUCGUAGAAGGUUCAGUCGGGUCCCUGUCGUCGGCUGGCUUUCUGUGAGAGGAUAACUUCCACCAUAUCCUACAUUUACAGCUCACCCAGGCCGGCAGACUACAACACUAUGGAUACUGGAGAUUGUCCUUUCCGCAAGAAACGGAGACCAUGGCGCAUGGACUUCUCAUCCUUCGCCUUGGUAACGGUGGCCCUAGCCGUGUGCCAAACGACCGUGGUUCGGGCAGACCCAGUGGAUGUGUUGCGGGCUCUGCAGGUUCCCUCUCUCCCUGAGGGCGUGAAGAAAGUCCCCGGCUUCUGCACAUCCCGUCGCUCCAGCAGCCCCGACCAUGCUUACCGCAUCACCAAGAAGGCCCAGAUCUCUGCCCCCACCAAGCAGCUCUUCUCAGGUCGAUUCCCAGAGAACUUCUCCAUCAUGGCUCUGGUUAAGGCCCAGGCUGGUCUCCAGGCCUUCCUCCUCUCCAUCUACAGUGAGCAGGGCAUCCAGCAGCUGGGCAUUGAAAUGGGACGCUCACCUGUUUUCCUCUACGAGGACCAGAAUGGCAAGCCAGCCCCUGAGGACUACCCACUGUUCAAAGGCGUCAACCUGGCUGAUGGCAAGUGGCAUCGCAUCGCUAUCUCUGUUUCAAAGAAAAAUGUGACACUGCUGCUGGACUGCAAGAAGAAGAUGACCCGCCCCUUGCCCCGUGGCAACAACGCAGAGGUUGAUACCAAUGGAAUUACAGUCUUUGGAGCCCGUCUGCUCGAUGAGGAGGUUUUCCAGGGAGAUAUCCAGCAACUGCUGAUCGCCUCCAACCCCCAGGCUGCCUAUGACUUCUGUGAACACUACAGCCCUGACUGUGACUCCCCACUGCCCAAGACCCAGGCUCAGGACCCCAACACAUAUAAGGUCAAUGGAAAAGCAGCCCCCACUAAAUCCACCCCUGUCAAACCAAAACCCGCUCCAGCUAAGCCGGCAAAGACUGGACCAUCCAAACUUGUAGUCAAGUUGCCUAUGCCCACCAAAGCUCCCAAGUCUGCCACAGCCAAGGCAUCCAAAGCAAAACCCACUGCAGUAGAGAUCCUCUUGUCUAAGAUCAAACCAACAGCAGCGACUAAGCCUAAGCCCACAGCUGCCCCAGCUAAGAACGGCAAUGGUAAAGCAGCUGCUGAGAAGAAAGUAAAUGGUGCCACUAAAGCCAACAGCAAUGGCAAUGGAAAAGCAGCUGUAACAAAAACUAAUGGCAAUGGCAAAGCUACAGCUGAUGCCAAGCCUACAGUUCAGGCCAAGGUGAAUGGAAAUGGCAAUGGCAAGGUUGUAACUGAGAAGAAAGUAAAUGGUAAUGGAAAUGGAAAAUCCUCAGCAGAAAAGAAAGCCAAUGGAAAUGGAAAGGCCACCGUUGUGUCUAAGACUAAUGGAAACAGCAACGGCAAAGUUACAGCAGAGAAGAAAGCCAAUGAAAAUAGCAAAACUACCAUCGAGGUUAAAGAGGUUAAAGUCAAAAUUAAUGGCAAAGCUGAGAAUAAAGUCAAUGGGGAGGCUAAGGCUAAUGGCAAUGGCAAAGUUAUUACUGUGGUAGAAAAGAAAGUUGUGAGUAAUGGUGCUGCAAAUCAGGCAAAAAUUGAAACCACUACAAAAGCAAAGACUGAGAAAGUUGUUAAAGUAGAAAAGAUCGAAAAGACUGUGGUCACUGCAGCUAAAACAGCUUCCAAAGUAGAAGCUACUAAGGCACCUAAACCCACCAAAGCAUCAAAACCUGAGCCUACAAAACUAGCAAAGGCUGUGGCCACCAAAGCUCCAGCAGCAAAAACUCAAGUAAAGACUGAAGUCAAAGAGGUCACCAAAGUUAAAACUGUCGUCUCCAAAGUCCCUCUGGUCAAGCCAACGGUGAGCAAAGUCGUGAAGACUGUGGUCGAAAAGGUUUCCAUCCCGAAGAAAGUAGCUCCAUCACCUGCCCCUGUCCAGCCCACUCCGCCCAGACCCACAAAAUCCAAGGUGGUGGUGGACAUUAAUGUCAAAUCCCAGCACAAACCAUUCCCACCCUUUGGCAAGACUGUGCUGAGUGGAACUGCAGUCCCAGCGAAGAAAAUUACCAACGGUUAUCAACAGGAUGUAGAUACUGAAUAUGCCGAGGCUGGCCACACCCCUACAGAGACUGAUUAUUACUAUGAGGAGACGGUGCCAGAGGGUGAGGUGAUUGGACAAGAAGAGGUCCCUGUACAGCCCCAGGUGGAGACGACGUUGGUGGGAGAGGAGGUAGAUGCCACCAAGGCAGGCGGUGUGGGCGAGGAGGCCUUCACUGAGGAGUAUGUGACUGGGGACGUGGGCCUGAAGGAAUACGACUAUUCCUACAGGGACUACAAUGAGCCAAUACUGGAGACUGCAGAGGUCGAAGCCAACAUGGGCCCCGCCCUGUCUGCUGUGACAGAUGAGGGAGGCGCCGCUGUCAGAGGCCAGAAAGGAGAGAAAGGAGAACCUGCUGUCUUGGAGCCUGGUAUGCUGAUUGAAGGACCUCCAGGACCUGAGGGACCUGCUGGUCCUACUGGCCCUCCUGGCUCCUCUGGACCUCCUGGUUCUGUCGGUGACCCUGGCGAGAGGGGUUCUCCUGGUAAGCCUGGUCUACCUGGAGCUGAUGGAGUCCCUGGACCUCCUGGAACCUCAGUCAUGUUGCCUUUCCGUUUUGGUCAGAGUGGAGGAGAUAAGGGUCCUGUCGUUUCUGCACAGGAAGCCCAAGCAGCAGCCAUCUUGUCUCAGGCCAGGAUGGCUCUGAAAGGACCACCUGGACCAAUGGGAUUCACUGGACGUCCCGGACCAUUAGGAAAUCCAGGAAGUAAUGGUCUGAAGGGAGAGAGUGGAGACCCUGGUCCUCAGGGUCCCAGGGGACCCCAGGGCAUGAUGGGACCUCCAGGCAAAGCAGGAAGAAGAGGCCGUGCUGGAGCUGAUGGUGCCAGGGGAAUGCCAGGAGAGCCUGGAAUUAAGGGUGACCGUGGUUUUGAUGGUCUUCCUGGUCUGCCUGGUGACAAAGGACACAGGGGUGACUCAGGUGUAAUGGGACCCCCGGGACCUCAAGGAGAGGAUGGAGAGAGGGGAGACGACGGAGAAGUUGGACCCAGAGGUCUUCCAGGUGAACCAGGACCUCGUGGUUUGCUUGGACCCAAAGGUCCUCCUGGAAUCCCCGGACCUCCUGGUGUACGAGGAAAUGACGGGCCCCACGGUCCCAAGGGAAACCUGGGUCCCCAAGGAGAGCCAGGACCUCCAGGUCAGCAGGGAACCCCAGGAACUCAGGGAAUGGCAGGACCUCAGGGAGCCAUCGGACCUCCAGGAGAGAAAGGUCCUACAGGGAAACCAGGUCUGCCAGGAAUGCCUGGAGCUGAUGGCCCUCCUGGUCACCCAGGAAAGGAGGGGCCCCCUGGCACCAAAGGAAACCAGGGUCCCAACGGUCCUCAGGGAGCUAUCGGCUAUCCUGGCCCUCGUGGUCUCAAGGGAGGUCAAGGAAUCCGUGGACUGAAGGGCCACAAGGGAGAGAAGGGAGAAGAUGGUUUCCCUGGAAUUAAAGGCGAUUUUGGUCCCAAGGGAGAAAGGGGCGAGAUUGGAGUAACAGGCCCCAGAGGAGAAGAUGGUCCAGAGGGGCCAAAGGGUCGUGUCGGACCCCCUGGUGAGAUCGGACCACUUGGACUAGUUGGAGAGAAGGGUAAACUUGGUGUACCUGGACUUCCUGGAUAUCCUGGAAGACAAGGACCCAAGGGAUCUCUUGGAUUCCCAGGAUUCCCUGGCUCAAACGGCGAGAAGGGAACAAGGGGUCUCACUGGCAAAUCAGGGCCAAGAGGACAAAGAGGACCAACGGGCCCCAGAGGGCAGAGAGGACCAAGGGGCGCGACUGGGAAACCAGGAGCAAAGGGAUCUUCUGGAAGUGAUGGCCCUCCUGGUCCUCCUGGAGAGAGGGGAUUGCCCGGACCUCAGGGAGCCAGUGGUUUCCCUGGACCAAAGGGACCUCCUGGACCACCAGGAAAGGACGGACUGCCUGGACACCCUGGGCAGAGAGGAGAAGUUGGUUUCCAAGGUAAAAUGGGUCCACCUGGACCUCCUGGAGUCGUUGGACCUCAGGGUCCAUCAGGAGAGACUGGCCCCAUGGGCGAACGCGGCCACCCCGGACCCCCAGGUCCACCUGGAGAGCAGGGACUUUCUGGUCCCUCUGGGAAGGAAGGCACCAAGGGAGACCCUGGACCCCCCGGAGGCCCUGGUAAAGACGGGCCCCCAGGACUGAGAGGCUUCCCUGGAGAGAGAGGACUGCCUGGAACCCCUGGAGGUGGAGGACUGAAGGGAAGUGAAGGACCUCCCGGACCUCCUGGACCUGCUGGUUCUCCUGGUGAGAGGGGCCAAGCUGGUACUGCUGGACCUGUUGGACCUCCUGGCAGACCAGGGCCUCAGGGGCCUCCUGGACCCUCUGGAGAGAAGGGAGUUCCUGGUGAGAAAGGACCUAUUGGCCCAGCCGGUCGUGAUGGAGUGCAGGGUCCCGUGGGUCUGCCUGGCCCUGCCGGAACACCUGGAGUACCCGGAGAGGACGGAGACAAGGGUGAGGUUGGAGAGCACGGUCAGAAGGGCGCCAAGGGAGCUAAGGGAGAGCACGGUCCUCCUGGUCCGCCUGGGCCAAUGGGUCCUGUUGGUCAGCCUGGUGCUGCUGGUGCUGAUGGAGAGCUUGGACCAAGGGGGCAGCAGGGGCCUUUUGGAGCUAAAGGUGAUGAAGGAACCAGAGGAUUCCCAGGAGCCCCAGGACCCAUCGGACUGCAGGGCUUGCCAGGACCACCAGGUGAGAAGGGAGAGACGGGAGAUGUUGGACCUCUGGGUCCUCCAGGCCCUCCAGGACCCCGUGGCCCUGCUGGACCCAAUGGUGCUGAUGGUCCCCAAGGUCCUCCCGGUGGUUUGGGUAAUCCUGGACCUAUUGGAGAGAAGGGAGAGCCUGGUGAGGGCGGACCACCUGGAAUAGUGGGAGAGCCAGGAAAGAAGGGUCCCCGUGGAGAGCGUGGAGAGAAGGGAGAGGCCGGACAACCUGGAACAGCUGGACCUGCUGGAGGAAGAGGACGACCUGGAGACGAUGGACCCAAAGGAAACCCUGGUCCUGUUGGUUUCCCUGGCGAUCCUGGUCCCCCUGGUGAGGUUGGACCCAGAGGUCAAGAUGGUGCCAAGGGAGAGAGAGGAGAAGAUGGUGAACCAGGAGAAUCUGGCUCCCCUGGACCCCCUGGUGAGAACGGACCUCCCGGCCCCCUUGGAAAGAGGGGCCCUGCUGGAACAAGAGGACCAGAGGGACGUCAGGGAGAGAAAGGAACUAAGGGAGACCCAGGCGCUGUUGGCCCCCCAGGAAAAACCGGCCCCGUUGGUCCCCAAGGUCAACCAGGAAAACCAGGAACAGAAGGUCUCAGAGGACUUCCAGGAUCAGUGGGUGAGCAAGGAUCUCCAGGACUUGCAGGACAAAAAGGACCACCUGGACCUCUUGGACCUCCUGGUUUGCCUGGCCUGCGUGGAGACCCCGGUGCCAAGGGAGAGAAGGGACAUCCAGGUCUUAUCGGUCUCAUUGGACCCCCAGGAGAGCAGGGAGAAAAGGGAGACAGAGGUCUGCCUGGGCCUCAGGGAACCACCGGCCCAAAAGGAGAGAACGGAAUGGCUGGAGGCACUGGACCCAUCGGCCCUGCCGGUCCUCCUGGUCUGCCUGGUCCUCAAGGUAUCAAAGGAGCUAAGGGCUCUUCUGGAGGAGCUGGUCCAAAGGGAGAAAAAGGUGUACAAGGACCUCCUGGACCUCCUGGCCCAGCAGGUGAGGUCAUUCAGCCCCUGCCCAUCCAGAGAAGUCCCAAGUCCAAGCGUUCCAUCGAUGCGAGCCAGCUGCUCCCCGAGACCGACAUGCCUGCAUCUGAUGCCACUGGCACUGAGUUCCUGAUGGGCAGUGAAGGCAUGGAGGAGAUCUUUGGCUCUCUGAACUCACUGCGACAGGAGAUCGAGACCAUGCGUUUCCCUCUGGGCACCCAGGACAGCCCUGCCCGUACCUGCCAAGACCUGCACCUCAGCCAGCCAGACCUCAAAGACGGAGAGUACUGGAUUGACCCCAACCAGGGCUGCUCCAGAGACUCUUUCAAGGUCUUCUGUAAUUUCACUAGCGGAGCAGAGACAUGCCUGUACCCCAGCAAGACCAUCAACACGGUGAAGAUGAGCUCCUGGGACAAAGAGACUCCAGGAUCCUGGUACAGUCAGUUCUCCACUGGUAGUAAGUUUUCCUAUGUGGACUCUUCUGGUGAGCCCGUGGGUGUUGUCCAGCUGGGCUUCCUGCGUCUCCUUAGCGUCCAGGCCCGCCAGGACCUCACCUACCACUGCCACCGCUCAGUGGCCUGGGCCGACCGAAGCGCCAAGAACAACUACAACAGGGCGCUGCACUUCCAGGGCGCCAACGACGAGACGCUGAGCUACGAGACCAGUCCUUACAUCAAAGCUUUGGUCGAUGGCUGCUCUUAUCGUAAGGGCUUUGACAGGACAGUCCUGGAGAUCAACACACCACAGGUGGAGCAUCUUCCUCUGCUGGAUAUCAAGGUGUCAGACUUUGGGGAGAGCAACCAGCAGUUUGGCUUUGAAGUGGGACCUGUCUGUUUCCAAGGCUAAAAACACACAUACACACAUCAUGCAAAGAACAACACGUGCAAAUACUCACGCACACACACAUGCACUUAGAGACACACUUAAAUAUAAUAAACAUACAUGCCCAGUAAUUUGUAAAUUAACUUGUAAAUGAUAUGAAACACACACGUACACAAACCCGCAGACAGACACACUUACACACGCAGAUGCUGUUGUGAGACAAACACGCACUCACACUGUACGUGCCUGGGGAAAGCAACAUCCUCCCAACAAUUAAUGGACGUAAAAAAAAAAAGAGGAGAGAAAUAAAAUACUCGCGGAGAGGAGACCAUCGUUUGGGUAAACGACUGCGAGAAAGGAAGAAAAAAAACCAGGAGAGAGUGCUCUUCGGAAUAAAACAGUGUUUUCUCUACCAGCAGCGAAAGGGGCCGGCCUGAGAAAGAGGGCAAGCCAGUAACUUGAGGCCUGAAGCUCCCUGUCUCCGAUCCCCCUCUCACUCUUCUGUCCUCCCCGCUGUCUUUUUUUCCACUCAUCUCACCUGCUCUACCUCCCCCCUACUCCUACCAAAAAAGGGUCACACUUGGACAUUAUUUCCAUUUCUUUAAUCCCAGGUUUACACUGCAAGCAGCAUGAUUGACAGCCACUGACUCUUUAGUCAUUCAGACAAAAAAGUUGCUUAGAACUGAAAGUUUUUAAUCAAUUUUUUAUCUGUUUUGCACUUGCCAGCCAGAACCUCUACUGCUGAAGCAAAAUCAAAUCAAAACAGUAGACACCAAACUCUGACCUUUGGGUGAUCCCUGUAAGUGCCAGCUCAUCUGGUCAUUUAAUUCUGUCAGAAAUGAAUGAAAGCCCAGUGACUUGUCAAUCAUGUUGCUCACAUUGUAAACACAGAGCAAAUUUCAGCAUUUAUUACAUCAAAAGGAACCAAAGAAUUAGAGUCACCAGUUUCCACCCAGAAUAAAAAGAGGGAAUCAACCAAAUGAUGCCAGCUGGGUCUUCUUGGUCUUGUUUAAGCUGCCACCAAGUGAAUUUUUAAACUCUUUGUAAUAUUGUCUUCAUGACCACCUUUCAGUUUUAUUAAAACAGUCUAAGAAUGUGAUUCACAGCUCAAACUGAUGAUUAAAAGAUCGUCCUGGUGUUAUACAGCAAGGUUCAUGGAGUCCAGUGUGACACAAGAUGUAUUCUUUAUUUUACUGGACAAUCUUCCUCAGCCCUUUGUUAACAUUGAACUAAACCUGCUGCAUGCAGUGAGACAGGAUAGAAGAUCUGAGAUCAGUGAAUUUAAAAGCCAUUAUUUUUGUAAACUGUGCUGAACCUGACGCUAUUGUACUUGCAUGUUACUGGUGCCUUUUAAAAGGGCUGAUUCUACUUCUUUUAGAUCAUGAAUCAGGCUACCAGGGUCGCUACCACACACACCAGUCCAGUAUUUGCUGAGUCACUUUCUGGGUCCUUUGAUUAUUGUUUUCCAUCCAGAAUCCAUUUUUGGAUUUUGCAUCCAAGCACAGAACAACAUCAGGGUUUAAGAUGUAUAUGUGAUUCAAAGGUCUCUCUUUCAUUUUUUUGAUACAGCAGUGAAUAAAAUGCAUGCUUUACUGAAAGAAACUGUGUGGCAAGGUGCUAAUUAUACCAAAGCAUAAAAGUUCUAGUAUUCAUUUUGAGUCCUUAAUUUUCUUUAGUCUCUUUUACAAUUUCAUGAAGCUUUUUACUGGGGAAAAUGUGCAUUACAUUCCAUUUGUACAGAAAUAGUGAUAUUCUAUUGUAUUUAUUUAAAACAAACAGGGUGCUUUGAGAUUAAAAAAAUACACAGACCACCAAAUAUUCCAGUCAAAUGUGGUAUAUUUCAUUUGUAUUUAUUUCCUGUAGCUGACACUUGAAGGUCAAGUGAAGCAAGCGACUCACAUGUUAAACUCACUGUCAGCCUGAGUUAUGGUGCUUCUUUUCACGCCCUGUCCAAACUCCUUUUGUAGAACCAAAGAAUCUGUGGCCAUAUUUUAUUGUAAUAUCCCUUUUUAGUGUUUUCAACAACUGUACUGUGCUGUUAAAUUUUGCUUCCUCUGUAAUAAUUAAAUGGUGACUCUCC